AACAAAGCAAGCAGGGGAAACUCGCGCCUCUUGUCACGAGAUCAGUACCUUUAUAUUUGUUUUCUCCGCCAUUAUGCCAAUAUUAGGGAAAACCGCCUCAACCAUUUGCCUCACUAAAAGAUCCAAACUUUGACUUCUAAAGCGACGAAUUUUUGAGUGCAUGAAAAAACUGCACGAAUUAUUCGAAACUGGAAGCCAACGUACUAGAAUGAAAUAAUAGUGGAAUAAUUAAUCCUUAUUCGGAGUUAAAUUUCUCUCUGGAUCGAAGAAAGGGGUUAAGCAGUUUUCAAGAUCAAGAUCCCGUGACGAAGAGAUCACGCUUCCCAUUAGGGAAAAAAAAAAACGGUCUUACGUAAAGAAGAGCGAAACGAAAUUUACGACGAACAAAUAUUACUUACAGCCUUGUACAUUCGCUAGAAGAUAGUAUUUUGAGCGUUUAAUUGUAUGAGUACUCAUUGAUAAUUUGCACUGAUUGACCUAAUUCAUUAAUAGAUCAUGUGAAUUUCACAUGAUACUGGUAUGUGGACCCUCACGCUUAGGGAAAUUUUACUGUGAAUUUUUCUUGGUUGUAUUUUCUUAUGAUAGUCGAUGUUUGUUCAUUGGACCAAGAGUUAAAAUUGUUAAGAGGUUCUCAGACCACUGCAGAAUGUCAGCAAUUGAAGAAGGCGGUGAACGCGCACCGUUAAUUUCAAAGGAAAAAGAAGGCAAGGACUCUUCAACUUAUGGGAAGACAAGUACCAAUUCUUCGGCUUCCCGGUCGUAUGGAGCUUUAAGUCGUCGGCAAAGGAUCCUGAAUGCAAUAUGUAUUCUUAUGACUGAGUUAUGUGAGCGCCUGACCUUCUAUGGGGCAUCUGCGAAUCUAGUAUUAUUUUCCCAGAGUGUGUUAAAGCUUGGGUCACCUUGGCCAUCAUUAAUCACUCUUUUGUUCCAAGGGACAUGCUACGUUACACCUUUGCUUGGGGGUUGGCUGUCGGAUACCUACUUGGGUCAGUUCAACACUAUUUACGGAUGCUGUUUGUGGUAUUUGGUUGGGGUCAUCCUUCUGGCUGCAGUAUCAAUUACUGAUGAUAUGCUGACCACAGCAUUUGAUACAUCGGCGAGAUUGGUGUAUUUUGCCAUUGCCCUUGUGUUGAUAGCACUUUGCGCGGGAGGAAUCAAAGCCAAUGUAGCAGCAUUUGGAGCAGAUCAGCUGAAUCAGGAUGGUCCAAGAGCUGUUCAGACCUUCUAUAACUGGUAUUAUUGGUUUAUAAACACGGGAUCCUUAUUAGCGAUAACAGUGGUAGUUGGAGUUCAGCAAAUAGACAUUUUCUCUGGUUAUGCCAUCAAUGCUGUUUCAAUUAUCUUUGGUCUGGUUGCAUUGUUAGCCCGUCGUAACAAGUACUUGGUCAAGCCACCGGUUGGUAGUCAACUGACUGAAAUUGCAAAAAUAACUGGUAAUGCUAUUCAAAAUCGGAAACAGAACAAUGGGGGCUGGAUGGACGGAGCGAAGAGCACGUUUGGCGGAAAGUUCAGUCAUGAAAAGGUUGAAGAUGUUAAAGCAGUCUUGAGAGUUCUUCCGGUGUUCGUUACUUUCAUCCUUUUCUUUACCGUUUACUUCCAGAUCAGCACAUCGUGCCUUGUUCAAGGUGCAUACAUGAACCUAAAAUUGCUAGACUUUACCAUACCACCAACGUCGUCAAUGGUUGUUACCGUUGUCUUCGUUCUUGUGCUGACUCCUCUCCUAGAACAUGCUGCCUAUCCCUACUUAGAACGCAUUGGCAUUAAGCUUACCCCCUUACGGCGCAUUGGUGCGGGCUUUCUGUCAUCAGCAGUAUCUAUGCUUACAGCUGGUCUAGUUGAAAUAAAACGACGAGAAGUAUGGCUAGCUGGUGACAUCUGCAAACAGGAAGUUUUAGGGGAAACUCGCAACGCCUCAUGUCUCAGUGUUUUCUGGCAAUCACCUCAAUUCAUGUUGAUUGGAACUGGUGAAGUGCUGGCAACUAUUGCGGGACUUGAGUUUGCAUACUCACAGGCUCCUGAGUACCUGAAAGGAGUGAUCAUGGGUGUGUUCCUCGCAGCCACCGGCUUUGGGGCUUUCCUUGCAAACCUUCUAGUUGGUGUUGUGAACGAUGAUUGGUACCCUGAGAAGGAUCCCAAUCAAGGUCACAUGGAGUACUACUUCUUCCUGCUGUCUGGUCUGAUGAUGCUAAAUUUUCUGCUGUUCCUCUAUAUUGCGUCUUCAUACAAAUACAAAGGAUCGGCCGAGCAAGGCGAAGAGUAUGAGAAGGAACAGGAUGUGCUUCAAUUAAGUGUUAGUACUCAGUCUGUGCGAAGCUGAUCUGCACGUUUACUUGUGAAAGAGUUACAAUGCGAAUUUAUGGCAAAAUGUCAACCGGAUUGGCAGACUUGUAUUGCUUUUCUCUAGUCAGAAUGGCUGAUUACGUAUUAUGUGUAUUUGAAAGUAAUCAACUUUCGUUUAAGGUACAAUUUGAGAUAAGGGUGGGGCCCAAGGGUACCAGUUUCCCCCCCUCAUCCCCCUCCGUCAUCAUUUUUUACUCGUCUGGUACGAAAAUCCUUGCAAGGGCAGGAUCGCAUAAUUACAUUCAACUAAAAUAUUUAUUCAAAAUGUACACGUCUUAAAAUAUUUCUCAGCUUAGUCAGGCUUUAUUUUAAUAAAGAACGCAGUUUAACUGCAUGUA